AUGGAUUCUAAAAUGUCAACGUUUCCGUCGCGCACCUUUUAUUUCCUCCUCCUUUUGUUUCAUACCGCACACGGAGACGUCAGCUUUUCCUUUCCGGAGGAGAUGAAACGCGGAUCGGUGAUUGGGAAUUUAGCCAAGGAUCUCGGACUGGAGGCUAGCUCGCUGUCCAGCAGGAAAGCGCGCAUCGACGCUGACAGGAGCAGAAAGCGCUACUGUGAUCUCAACGUGAGAAAUGGAGAGCUUGUUGUGGCCGACAGGAUUGACAGAGAGGGGCUGUGUGGCGACAAGGCUUCAUGUGUCUUGAAACAUGAACUUGUGCUGGAGAAUCCUUUGGAGCUUCAUCGCAUUAAUCUGCAUAUUCAAGACGUAAAUGACAACGCACCAAUAUUUGAUGAUGACUUAAUUGAUUUGGAGAUACAGGAGUCUGCCGAUAAAGGAGCUCGUUUUGUGAUAGAAGAGGCACAUGAUGCAGAUAUAGGACAAAAUGCAGUGCAGCGAUACAUCCUGAAGAAAAAUGAUAAUUUUGUGUUGGCCGUUAAUGAUAACACAAUAGAGCUUGUUCUUGACAAAGAGCUUGAUCGUGAAAAGCAACAAGAAAUUAAUUUGCUUCUCACGGCUUUAGAUGGAGGGUCUCCUCAAAGAUCGGGUACAGUAGUCAUACACGUUACUGUGCUGGAUGCUAAUGAUAAUGCCCCUGUGUUUAGUCAGUCUGUUUAUAAAGCCACCCUGCCUGAAAACUCUCCUCUUAACACAGUUAUUAUUAGUGUUAGGGCGACUGAUGCUGAUGAGGGAGUAAAUGGAGAUGUUAGUUAUGAUUUUGGACAUAUUGCAGAAGAUGUAAAGAAUAUGUUCAGUAUUGAUCGUAAAGUGGGUGCAAUCACUGUAACAGGCGCUGUUGACUAUGAAUCAAGCACAUCAUAUGAAUUACGCGUGAAAGCCAAAGAUGGGCUCGGUUUGUCCUCUUAUGCUAAAGUAAUUAUAACAAUCACUGAUGUGAAUGACAAUGCCCCUGAGAUCAAUUUAAAUACUCUGUCUAAUUCAGUGUCAGAGGAUGUGCCACCUGGUACGGAGGUGGGCAUCAUUAAUGUGCAGGACCAAGACUCUGAGAAGAAUGGACAGGUCCGAUGCUUUAUUCAACAAAAUGUCCCUUUUAAGUUAAUUCCUUCAAUUCCAAAUUAUUAUUCUCUGCUGACUACUGGACUACUGGACCGUGAACUCGUAUCUGAUUACAACAUUACAAUCAGUGCCACCGAUGAGGGCGCUCCUCCUCUGUUCUCCUUCAAAAAUCUGUACCUGUCUGUAGCAGACGUCAAUGACAACCCACCUGUAUUUGAGGAGGAGUCCUACAGCGCUUAUGUGAGUGAAAAUAACAAAGCUGGCUCCAUUUUAUGUUCCGUGAGUGCCCGAGACCCUGACUGGAGACAGAACGGCAGCGUGAUUUAUUCUCUGUUAGACGCUGAAGUGAACGGUGCCCCAGUGUCCUCCUAUGUGUCUGUUAAUGGAGACACAGGGGUCAUCCAUGCUGUCAGGUCAUUUGAUUACGAACACUUGAGGAAUUUUCAAGUCCAUGUCAUGGCCAGAGACAAUGGUUCUCCUCUGUUGAGCAGCAACGUGAGUGUCAAUGUGUUUGUCUCAGACGUGAACGACAACUCUCCUCAGAUACUGUACCCCACUUUGGGGGGCAACACCUUCAUGACUGAGCUGGUGCCCAAAGCUGCACAGGGAGGCUCUGUGGUGUCCAAAGUGAUAGCGGUGGAUGCAGACUCUGGACAAAACGCCUGGCUCUCCUAUCAUAUCGUCAAGUCCACAGAUCCGGAACUUUUCAGCAUCGGACUCCACAGUGGCGAGAUCAGGACCCAGCGAGACAUUUUGGAAUCUGACAGCAUGAAACAGAACUUAAUAGUGGCAGUGAAAGAUAAUGGACAGCCCCCUCGCUCUGCCACUUGCUCCAUGUUUUUACUUCUUUCAGAUAAUCUGGCUGAGGUGCCAGAAUUGAAGGAUAUUUCUUACGAGGAGAAGAAUUCUAAACUGACCUCUUAUCUGAUCAUUGCCCUGGUGUCCGUGUCCACCUUUUUUCUGACCUUUAUUAUCAUCGUCCUUGGUGUGAGAUUUUGUCGUCGCAGAAAGCCCAGGAUGUUGUUUGACGGAGCAGUUGCUAUCCCGAGCGCAUAUCUCCCUCCUAAUUAUGCAGAUGUUGAUGGCACGGGAACUUUACGCAGCACCUACAACUAUGACGCCUACUUGACAACAGGUUCUAGAACCAGUGAUUUUAAGUUUGUUUCUUCUUACAUGGACAACACGCUGCCUGCUGACCAGACUCUGAGGAAAAGUCCAAAUGAUUUUGAUGAGAUAUUUGGAGAUGCUGAUGGUUCUCCAGAGCCUGUGAGGGAGGCGUCCAUGAUGGAUUCUAUCAUGUCUACAUUUCCUUCGCGCACCUUUUAUUUCCUCCUCCUUUUGUUUCAUACCGCACAUGGAGACGCAAGCUUUUCCUUUCCGGAGGAGCUGAAACGCGGGUCGGUGAUUGGGAAUUUAGCCAAGGAUCUCGGACUGGAGGCUAGCGCACUGUCCAGCAGGAAAGCGCGCAUCGACGCUGACAGGAGCAGAAAGCGCUACUGUGAUCUCAACGUGAGAAAUGGGGAGCUGGUUGUGGCCGACAGGAUUGACAGAGAGGGGCUGUGUGGCGACAAGGCUUCAUGUGUCUUGAAACAAGAACUCGUGCUGGAGAAUCCUUUGGAGCUUCAUCGCAUUAAUCUACAUAUUCAAGACGUAAAUGACAACGCACCAAUAUUUAAUGAUGACUUAAUUGAUUUGGAAAUAAGGGAGUCUGCCGUUAAAGGGGCUCGUUUUGUGAUAGAAGAGGCACAUGAUGCAGACAUAGGACAAAAUGCAGUGCAGCGAUACAUCCUGAAGAAAAAUAAUAAUUUUGUGUUGGCCGUUAAUGAUAACACAAUAGAACUUGUUCUUGACAAAGAGCUUGAUCGUGAAAAGGAACAAGAAAUUAAUUUGCUUCUCACGGCUUUAGAUGGAGGGUCCCCUCAAAGAUCGGGUACAGUAGUCAUACACGUUACUGUGCUGGAUGCUAAUGAUAACGCCCCUGUGUUUAGUCAGUCUGUUUAUAAAGCCACCCUGCCUGAAAACUCUCCUCUUAACACAGUUGUUUUUAAUGUUAGUGCGACUGAUGCUGAUGAGGGAGUAAAUGGAGAUGUGAGUUAUGAUUUUGGACAUAUUGCAGAAGAUGUAAAGAAUAUGUUCAGUAUUGAUCGUAAAGUGGGUGCAAUCACUGUAACAGGCGCCAUUGACUAUGAAUCGAGCACAUCAUAUGAAUUACGCGUGAAAGCCAAAGAUGGGCUCGGUUUGUCCUCUUAUGCCAAAGUAAUUAUAACAAUCACUGAUGUGAAUGACAAUGCUCCUGAGAUCAAUUUAAAGUCUCUGUCUAAAUCAGUGUCAGAGGAUAUGCCACCUGGUACUGAGGUGGGCAUCAUUAAUGUGCAGGACCAAGACUCUGAGAAGAAUGGGCAGGUCCGAUGCUUUAUUCAACAAAAUGUCCCUUUUAAGUUAAUUCCUUCAAUUCCAAAUUAUUAUUCUCUGCUGACUACUGGACCACUGGACCGUGAACUAGUAUCUGAUUACAACAUUACAAUCAGUGCCACCGAUGAGGGCGCUCCUCCUCUGUCCGCCUCCAAAAAUCUGUACCUGUCUGUAGCAGACGUCAAUGACAACCCACCCGUAUUUGAGGAGGAGUCCUACAGCGCUUAUGUGAGUGAAAAUAACAAAGCUGGCUCCAUUUUAUGUUCCGUAAGUGCCCGAGACCCUGAUUGGAGACAGAACGGCAGCGUGAUUUAUUCUUUGUUAGCUGCUGAAGUGAACGGUGCCCCAGUGUCCUCCUAUGUGUCUGUUAAUGGAGACACGGGGGUCAUCCAUGCCGUCAGAUCAUUUGAUUACGAACACUUGAGGAAUUUUCAAGUCCAUGUCAUGGCCAGAGACAAUGGUUCUCCUCCGUUGAGCAGCAAUGUGAGUGUCAGUGUGUUUGUCUCAGACGUGAACGACAACUCUCCUCAGAUACUGUACCCCGCACCAGAGGGCAACUCCUUCAUGACUGAGCUGGUGCCCAAAGCUGCACACGGAGGCUCUGUGGUGUCCAAAGUGAUAGCAGUGGAUGCUGACUCUGGACAGAACGCCUGGCUCUCCUAUCAUAUAGUCAAGUCCACAGAUCCGGGACUUUUCAGCAUCGGGCUCCACAGUGGAGAGAUCAAGACCCAGCGGGAUGUUUUGGAAUCUGACAGCAUGAAACAGAACUUAAUAGUGGCAGUUAAAGAUAAUGGACAGCCCCCUCGCUCUGCCACCUGCUCCAUGUUAUUACUUCUUUCGGAUAAUCUGGCUGAGGUGCCAGAACUAAAGGACAUUUCUUACGAGGAGAAAAAUUCUAAACUGACCUCUUAUCUGAUCAUUGCCCUGGUGUCCGUGUCCACCUUUUUUCUGACCUUCAUCAUCAUCGUCCUUGGUGUGCGAUUUUGUCGUCACAAAAAGCCCAGGAUGUUGUUUGACGGAGCAGUUGCUAUCCCUAGCGCAUAUCUCCCUCCUAAUUAUGCAGAUGUUGAUGGCAUGGGAACUUUACGCAGCACCUAUAACUAUGACGCCUACUUGACAACGGGUUCUAGAACCAGUGACUUUAAGUUUGUUUCUUCCUACAAUGACAACACGCUGCCUGCUGAGCAGACGCUGAGGAAAAGUCCAAGUGACUUUGAUGAGAUGUUUGGACGUGCCGAAGGUUCACCAGAGGUACUGAUAAAAGCACACGAUUACUUUGCUUGA